AUGGCUAGUCAUGCGCAACCAGGAAAAGGGCCGGGCAGUCGUUUAAAGCCCGUGGCCGACCCUUUGGACCUCGUGGGGUUUGUAUCCAAAGGCGAUCGAAAGUUGCUAGAUCAUCAGGUCCAAAAAGACUACUAUAAUAAGAUUGUAAACCGAUAUAUGGAGUUCUGCUCCAACCAUUUCAAGGACUUGGAAGCAGCAUGGAUGUCACUACCCCGGAGCGCUUCGAGCGAUGCGACCAGCAAUCCACCGGCCCCUUUCCCCUCCCCGACCAAUAAGUCGACAGGUCCUCACAGCCCAUCGGCAUCCACAGAGGUAUCGUCAAUACUUCUCUCCCUCCGCAAGUUGCGAGAGGCGGUGUUGGCCACGGGUUCCGCGAUCCCUAUCUCUUUCUCCCAGCAAGUCCAUAUCUUUUCCAUCAAAGUCGCAAUUCAAGCUCGACAUCCUCCAUCAUACUUUCCUUCCUUCCGCUAUAUCCUAGAGGAAUUACAUACCCUUUCUCACCCAUUACCCGGCACCGACUUGAAAGACCUCAUUUCAUACUGGAUCCUCGAUUACGCCUGUCGACAAGAGGACAUGGUUGCUGCCUAUCAGCUACGUGCGCGCGCCCGCAAGCGAUAUGGGUUCCAGUCAUCGACUAUAGACCGUGUUCUGAACGCCUUGGCACAUGACAAUUGGGUUGUGUUCUGGCAAAUCCGGAAUGGAGUAGACUCCCGCAUGCGCGCCGUCAUGAAUUGGGCUGAAGACCGCGUCAGAAGACAUGCUCUCAAAGCAGUCGGCAAAGCUUAUCUCAGCGCUGAUGCCAGGUGGAUUACCGAAGGUUGCACCGGCGACAGGAAUUGGACAUGGGAGAACCUGGUAGAGGCGGAGAACCUGGGUUGGGCGAAAGAAGGCGAUAGAAUUAUCAUCCGGAAGCCAAAGCAAAAACCCCAAACGAGCCUUCCACCCAUCAAGGAAAACCCUUGAUGAGUACGGAUCUCAAAUCAUCAUCAUUGUAUCGUUAUUUGGCGCUCAAAAGGGCAUUAGAGGAGCAUGGCGUUUUUUCUGGUAGAUAGAAGGUAUGAUACUAUGACCACCCGACAGGCAUUCUUAAAAUAGCAUAUCGGCCUUCGGAAC